GUUUGUGGGGAGCGCGCGUUGAACACGUCUUUUAAUACUCCGCAGCGCAAGUUUCUUAAACAUAACAAUAAAUAAACACCAACAAAAUAUCUAAUACAACAUUCGGACAGAGUUGAGCUCCAUACACGUGUACAAUGCAAUCGCAUCAAAUUGCACUUGAUCCCAGUCUGGAUGAAGAAGGGGUCCCAAAAUAUCCAAAAUAUCAGAAGUCAUCUGUGCGUCUUUUGAAAAUACCACGCGCUGCCCCCAAAAUUGAGGAGUAUGGAUUUCGCUUGACGCGCAGCAAAUGGGAUCCAUAUCCGUGGGUUUGUGAAGUGGCCGUAGGCACACCUGCCUCGCUUUGUGGCCUUAAGGCCGGUGACUGCAUUCUCAAGGUUAACGGCAUAGAUAUAAUUGGUCUGCAGAUUGUCGAAAUAGCCCAAAUAGUUAAAAGCCAAAGAGAUGAAGUAACUUUUCUGUGUUGGAAUAGUGAAUGUAAAUUCGACUGUGAUGAAAACAGUAUCUGCUGUGUACCCAUGCCGAUUACUUUGAAGCGCCUGGUCAUUAUUGUGGACAGUAUCCUGAAGGUUAUCGAGUGUCCUGUAUGCAAUGUGACGAUUACACCGCCAGUUCUGCAGUGUCAGAAUGGACAUUUGCUCUGUCUCGAUUGUCGCAUCCGAACUGAGAGUUGUCCAAUUUGUCGCGGCUUCUUCACACCCAUUCGAUCCUCCGUCGCCGAAGAUAUAUAUUCGAUUAUUGUAUUGGCUUUCAAGCAUUGCCGAUCGACAGUCAAAUUGCGUCAGAAGCUAUUCGGUGAUAUGGCUCUAGUAAAAGUUCAAACCUAUGACUCCUGUCUGAUGGCCAGCUGUCCAAAAACUUUGAAGCAACGCAAAUAUCUGUUACCACCAAAUAAACUUCUUAACAAACUGUUUCAGACGCGAUCAGAUUCGCUUGAACAUGAGAAACAACUGAAUGCUCUAGCGUUGCUCAAAGGAUCGUAUGAAUCCCGAAAGUUGUCCAUCGAAGAGAAAGAUGAAAAGGAUGUGCAAGUGCAUCCAGGCGAGAACAGUGCCAACAACCUCAAAUCUGAGGAUACUUGAUAUAAAUUCAAGAUGUCCAGACUGCAUCUAUUUGUCUCUUGGUUGGUGGUCCAAAUGCACAUUGGUUGCUUAUUACUAAUUAAGCCUCCAAUUAAUCAAAUGGCUGGGAUAUAUUAAUUAAAUUAUAAUCAACUUUCAACGAAGUCGCUCUUCAAAUAAUAUCCGUAAUAGGGUUUUCUUGAAAGAAGUACAAGUAGAAGACUGCUAUCCCUUUAGAACAGUCGGUGCUGAGCUUCAGCAAUUCUUUUACUGGUCAGUAGUUUCCCUUAGCCAUAAAUCCUGAAUUUUCUGCUAAUUCUAGUUCGUCACAAUAUAGGGAACUAUUAAUUUAUUUCAUUGACAUAUUUAUGUUUCAAGAAAUUCAUUUAUUUAAAGGCAAAAUUGAUUUUAUUUAAAAACGUUAAAACUCUUUUUUUAUUAUGUUGUAAAAUGGUUUGGCUUGCGCUUAAAUCAACGACAUAAACAAAAUAUAUUCUCUAAAAAUAAAAAAUGGAUUGGGUUCGAAUCAUAGCUUGACAAAUUUUCAAUGUACAUAUAUAGAAGACAAUAAACUUAUUAAAUCAACAAAUUUCAAGAAAAAAGUUAACUAAAAACAACAAAAAUGAUUUCCAAAAAAAUUGACUUAAGCUUAAAUAAUGAUGUAAAAUGAUUUGUUUUGAACUUAAAUACAAGAAAUAAACAUUAAAUAUUCUGCA